GUUAGCACAAGAGAUAGAGCUGAGUAGAGAAACUCAAGCCCAAGAAGGUGCUUUGAAUAGGUCAAGAAGAAACUCUUAUUUAACCAAAGAACCAACUGAGGAUCCUGUUUCAAGAAGGAAAGAGAAGGA